GAAGCGCUAGUUGGCACCAUUUUAACCAAAAUUUUCACGUUCACAAAUAGUUCAUUCGGCUGCUCCAUUCGUGCUUGUCGUCAAAAAUUAUCUGUUCCUUUUUAAGAUGAAAUUUCACAUCUUUUCUCUGGUGAUUGUCACCCUUUUGGUGACAGUCUGUGCUGAUGAGGAACCAGAAGCCGCGAGAUUGUUAGUGGCUAAGCAGAUACUCAAUAAAUACCUCGUAGAAAACAUGGAUAUCAUCGUCAAGUAUACAGUUCAUAAUGUGGGUAGUGCAGCAGCUCUAGAGGUUGAGAUAACCGACAACUCUUUCCAUCCAGACAAUUUUGCGCACGUCAGCGGUGAAUUAAACGCAAGAAUUGAUCGUGUCCCACCGAACAGUAAUGUCAGCCACACUGUUGUCGUUCGUCCAAGAAAAUCCGGUUACUUCAAUUUCACAUCCGCUGAGGUACUUUACCGUCGCACUGAGGAUGCACCAAGGCUUCAGGUUGCUGUCAGCAGUGCACCAGGAGAAGGUCUCAUUGUAUCGUACAGAGAUUAUGCUAAGAAAUUCUCAUCACACGUGGUCGAUUGGGCAGCGUUUGCAGUAAUGACUCUUCCUUCACUUGCUAUUCCUUUCGCCUUGUGGUACUCAAGCAAAAGCAAAUACGAAAAAUUGGCGAAAGCAUCGAAAAAACAUUGAGAAUACUUCCAUUGUACAGAAGAAAUGUAAACAACAAGAGCCACAACAAAAAUCCUGUUAAUUUUUUUAAAAUAUAUUCAUACUGGAUGAUUGUGAGAGCGAAUGACUGUACUGCCUGAUAUUUUUUAAUAAAAAUUAUUUAUAAAUACCGAGUAA